AUGCUCGACACGUCCGCAGACUCGACCGAGACCUUGGAGCGACUCGCGCACAUCGAGCGACAGCUGCGCGAGCGCUCUGCCGCUAUCGAUGGAAAUGGAAGCUCCAACACUGACAUACUGUCGUCUACCAGAACCCACGAGUAUACGCUUUCUCCCGAUACUGCCCGCGAGCUCUGGACGGUCGUGCUCGACGUUGUGUUUACCCCCUUAUGGCUGCGCAUCCGUGCUGCAGACUUGCUUCUUGUAUACUGUAACCAUAGUGGUGACUGUGACAGACCUUUGACGAUUGAUACCAGAGAGACGCACAAGUGUCGCGCAAUCGUGAGCUCGACGUGCCAAGCGAUGGAAGAGUUGAAAGCCACGGACGCCACGCAGGCGGCGCAGCUGUUCACGUGGCUCGGCUUUGUCGAGCGCGUGUUGCUUGUUGCAGAGAGUGAUGUGUGGGCUCUUGUGCUCCAGCACAGCAUGUAUGCGGGAAUGCUCACAAAGAUGCUGAGACUCUUGUCGGUCUGUUCGACUCGCGUGUUUGCAGCAACGACACUGUGCCUGGGACUCUUUCAUUCCCAUGAGAAAAAGUGUGGACGAUCUAUCUUGGUGGGAAUGGUGCUGCGAGACAUGAAAGAUGGCAGGGAACAUCUGGGCGGGGCGCUGCUGCACGUCAUCAACUCGUGUGGGUGUCCGUGUCCAGUGGAACGGACGGUACAUCUGUGCAAUGCGCUCCAGUUGUUUGGGGACAUUCUGGCGGACGAAACAGCAUCUGUGUGUGUAUUUCUGAAUGAUUAUAAAGUGCUCAUUGAUCUCGUGAUUCGAGAGUGCACGGAUCUUCCACAAAAUGACCCGACGCGUCUGCACUACUUAUUGUUGUUGGAACGCGUGCUGGACUCGCCAAUGUACCUCCAAGCGCAAAUGUACCGCAAACGAGAAUUGUUGGAAUUGUUAGAAUCGCUGCUGGAUGCAGGAGCUGAGGAAGACUCGGUCUUGCCAAGAGACGUCAUGGACGUUACAAAGCGUAUUCUGUUUCAGUACAUCGAUCUGCUUGACUGA